CCUCCCUCCCUACUGCCUCGGGCGCCAAAGCUCCGCUUAUGAAUCAUCCUUCUUCAUUAGUGCCCACUCACAUCUCUAUGCCUCUUCACUUCCGGCCUCCAAGCUCCAGUCCGCCGGUUCCGCUUGUUCCUCUCUCUCCGGUGCAGACAAAAAAAAAGAGAGAGAGAGAGAGAGUGAACGUCUCUCAAAACAUCCGUCCGCUCUCCUGCUCCCUCUAUGAUAUCUUCUUAAAGCCAUCUCGUCAUCCUUCUCCAACGAGUGGGCAGGGGCAGGCUCGUGAUUCCUUCUUCCUCUCUCCUUUGGAUCGUACCAAGCUGGAGCCGAGCCGGGGGGGCGGCGGGGGAGGGAAGAUGGCGCAGGCCUUGUCCGAAGAGGAGUUCGAGCGCAUGCAGGCCCAGUUAUUAGAACUUCGAACGCAGAACUACCAGCUCUCUGAUGAACUCCGCAAGAACACAACCGAAUUAAAUGGGCUCCGACAACGGGUCUCCUAUUUAGACAAGGAAUUUGCUAAGGCUCAGAAGGCUCUGAAUAAGAGUAAAAAAGCUCAGGAGGUGGAUGCACUUCUUAGUGAAAAUGAAAUGCUUCAGGGAAAACUGCAUAGCCAAGAGGAUGACUUCAGGCUGCAAAAUAGCACUCUCAUGCAGGAGCUCUCCAAGCUGUGCUCGCAGAUUGAGCAGUUGGAGAAGGAUAAUCAGAUUCUUCGGGAAGGGAAGACCGCAUUAGCCAGCGAAGGGGCGUUCCCAGCCAGUCCCGUGGAUGGCGAGCUGUUAAGGCUACAGGCAGAGAAUUCUGCCCUGCAGAAGAACAUGGCAGCUUUACAGGAACGCUAUGAGAAGGAAGUAGUAGCCCGGCAAGCAGAAAACCGAGGUGGUGGGAAAGGCGAUGGUUCUCCGGAUCCUUGUUCCACUGUGCCAGAGACGACUUCGGAACAGCCGGCGUUUGACAGUGACGGUAGUGGUGCCAUUUCCCAGCAGCUUCUUUUGGAAGUCGAACUGAGAUUGCAGACCGAGAGGGAGGAGAAAAUACUGCUGAAGGAGCAGCUGCAGAGCCUCGAGGUAUCCAAGACAACAGAGACCUCCCGCCUGCAGCAAGAGCUCUCCAAGCUUAUGGAGAAGCUUAAGAAGAAGCAAGAGAGCUUUGUGCGGCUUCAGACGGAAAAAGAAGCUCUCUACAAUGACAGCAGGACCAAAAUUGAGGAGAUCCAACAACGGAAGGAAGAGGAACUCAAAUCUCUGCAAGUUCGUAACCAGAAGCUUCAGCAGGAGCUCCAGUCCAUUAACCAGGGCUUCUUGGAAUUAAAGGACCAAUUGCAGAGUGGUAAAAAAGAACAUGAAUUGGCCCUUCAGACUCUGCAGGACCAGGUUGCGUGCCAAAGUGCGGAGAGCCAGGAACAGGUUGAGACCAUUCUGUCUGAAAAUGAUGCUCUGAGAACCAACCUUGCAGCCUUAGAACAGAUCCAGACGUCUAAGACUCAAGAAAUGAAUCUGAUGCGAGAGCAGGUGGCGACAUUGGGAGAUGAGCUACAGCAGUGUCAGAAUGAGAAGGAGGCAUUGGCUGCCCAGCAGGAUGACCUCAACACACAAUUGCAGGAGUCACUCCGGGGCAAUACUCGUCUUAUGGAGCAAGUUCAAGAACUUGUGCAGGAAAAAGGGAGAUUAUUACAAGAGCUGGAUGAAGUACGGAAGACAGCAGAGAAACGCAAGGCCAUGCUAGAUGAGAUGGCCAUUGAGACCCAGCAAGAAAAGGGGCGCCACAAGGAAGAACUCGGUAACCUCCGCCUGCAGCACGAGAAAGAGAUGCUGGCUGUGAGGGCACGCUAUGAGCGAGAGCUGCGGGAGCUGCACGAGCACAAGAAACGGCAAGAGGACGAGCUGCGGGGCCAGCUCAAGGAGGAGAAGGCUCGUAGUCAAGAACUGGAAUCCAUGCAACAAACUGUGGAAGAGCUACGGCUCCAGAUCCAAUCCAUGGAUGGCACCAAGGGCUGGUUCGAACGGCGGCUUAAAGAGGCAGAGGAAUCGAUAGAGAAGCACCAGCAGGAACACAUGGAAGCCUUGAGAAUUUGUAAAGAGCAGCAUGCAGCUGAUUUACAGCUAAAAGACCAGGAGGUGGAGGCAACUAAGGAGAAAUUGCGAGAGAUUGAAAAAGCCAGGAAUGAGCACAUGGACACAGUCAACCGGCUGAAGCAGGAAGUGAAGGACACAGUAGAUGGGCAACGGAUCCUGGAGAAGAAAGGGAGUGCAGCACUGAAGGACCUCAAAAGACAACUUCAUCUAGAAAGGAAGCGAGCAGAUAAACUUCAGGAGCGCCUGCAAGAGAUCUUGACCAACAGCAAGAGCAGGACAGGGAUCGAGGAUCUUGUCCUGGCAGACAUCAGUUCCCCCAGUCGGACUCAGACGGGAGACAGUAGCAGCAUCUCAUCCUUCAGUUAUCGUGAAAUCAUGAAGGAGGGAUCCGUGGCUGGUAGUAACAAGUCAACCACAGGAAGCCCACAGUCACAGUCGCAACCUCCACGGCCAGCCGACCUUUCAGAUGAGGAGAUCUCAGAACUGUUCCAGCGGCUGGCUGAAGUUCAGCAGGAGAAGUGGCUACUGGAGGAGAAGGUGAAGCACCUUGAAGUCAGUAGUGCCUCCAUGGCUGAGGACCUAUGCCGGAAGAGUGCCAUUAUUGAGACCUAUGUGAUGGACAGCCGCAUUGAUGUGUCUGGGGCUCAUGGGCAGGUUGAUCGAAGUAGCCUAAGUAGUGUCCUGCGAGAUCUGGUGAAGCCAGGAGAUGAGAACCUGCGUGAGAUGAACAAGAAACUACAGAAUAUGCUGGAGGAGCAGCUUACCAAAAACAUGCACUUACAGAAGGAUUUGGAGCUCCUUUCCCAGGAGAUCGUCCGUCUUAGCAAAGAGUGUGUCCCGUCUCCCAACGCUGAACCAGGCCUGGAUGAUGCUGUCUGAGCUCAGUGCCACCUGUGAUGCCAUCCUCCGUGCUUGGCCCUUGGCUGCGCUGCUGGUGUGUGUGUGGGGUGGUGGGGUGGGGAGGGGUAGAGAUAUUGGAACUUUCCUGCCUCCCCUCUCUCUGGCCGGACCAUUUCUUUCAACUGUUAUCAGAGGGGGGCAGGCAUUUAACCCCGCUACUCUUUUCCCCCUUAGUGGAACACAAAACAGCAGUUUCUCCCUUCAUCACUGUUCUACUCGGGCCUUCCCCCAAACAGAUUGAUUUCUUUCGAAUCAUGCACCUACUGAUUACGCUACCUGCCUCUACGUGGACCUGCCUUUGCUGCCCCGUAGGAAGCCCUGGGCGGCAGUAGCCUGUCUGCAGUUGGCACGUGUUUUUUUUAAAAAAACAAAAACUGCAUGGCCAAUUGCAGCUUUAUUUUUUGAGGUUGCCAGUUUUGAAACUGCCUCCCUCCUUCCAAGGUUGUCAUCCCUGGUCCAGAGGAGUUGCCCCAUGGAGGAGGAGGAGGAGGAGGAGGUGUUCCUGCCAUAAUAAAGCUCCAUAAUCCAUUCUCAACGUAUAGCGGUCCUGGGAGUAACGUUCAGUUUCCUUAAACGCCUCUCUCCCUGCAUUCUUCUCCGCAAGCUGCAUUUGUGAGUCUGUAGCUUCUUCUGAGUCAUGGUCAUACCACCUCCCUCAUUUUGCAUGUCUGGUCAGUUCUCGCUGUUUCAGAUAUCUAUCUAUAUCUAUCUAUCUGUAUAGUAUUUGCACUGAUUCCCUCCCAGCAGGAUGGAGCCCAAGGGAUACAACCCAAAAGGACUUGUACAGGGUUGCAGCUGUGCCCCCUUUUCCCAGUAAUGGAGGUGGAGCUAAGGCAACAUGUUUACCUUACUUACAGUGAC